AGCCCCUGCAAAUCCUCAAGUCACGCCAAUUCACUUCGCCAUGGCCCUCCCCGCUUACAAGACCACCUUCCUGGAGUCCUCCAUCUCCGCCAAGGUCCUGACCUUUGGCACUUUCACCCUCAAGUCGGGCCGUCAUUCCCCCUACUUCUUCAACGCCGGUACCUUCCACACGGCUUCGCUCCUCUCUGCUCUCUCAACCGCCUACGCCCACACCAUCAUCACCUUCCUCGCUGAGAACCCAUCCAUCCCCAAGCCCGACGUGAUCUUCGGCCCUGCAUACAAAGGCAUCCCACUCGCCUGCGCCACCCUGCUCGAGCUCCACCGCCUGCAGCCCGACGCCUGGGCCGAGGUGUCCUACAGCUACAACCGCAAGGAGAAGAAGGACCACGGCGAGGGCGGCAGCAUCGUGGGCGCCGGCCUGAAGGGCAAGAACGUGCUGGUGAUCGACGACGUGAUCACCGCCGGCACGGCGAUGCGCGAGACUCUCGACCUGGUCGCCCAGGAAGGCGGCAAGGUGGUCGGCUUCGCCGUCGCGCUGGACCGCCAGGAGAAGAUGCCGGGUCCCAAGGACUCCAGCGGCGUGGAGGACGACGCGCCGCGCAUGAGCGCCAUGGGCCAGAUCCGCAAGGAGUACGGCGUGCCCACCACGAGCAUCGUCACCCUGGAUGAUCUGAUCCGGUUGAUGCAGGAGAAGGGCGCGGGCGAGGAUAUGCGCCGGCUGGAAGAGUACCGGGCUAAGUACCGGGCUAGCGAUUAGGAGGGGGGGGGGCUGUCUUGGCUCACGAAGGUGAUUCUGCAGAAAGAAAGUGGAGGGAUGGCUUGGGAGGGAGUCUUGUCUAUGGUUAUGCUAUAGCUUAGGGGAUAGCAUCAAGUUUUUCUUUUAUCGGAUCUUCGGUAUGGAUUGAACGGGCUUGGUUAAAUCAGAUCAACCGGUCCAUGCUCUCAACCACUCGAUUGGAAAAAAUAACGGUUCCUGCAGAGAUUUAAAUGACGCAUGUUUCAGGGAAAUUUGUGUCGGAUUCAAAUGCUUCGGGGAUUUCUCGUUCUCCCUGAAGCUCGACAGCGUCGAUGUUAUCAUAUUAUUGUUCGGAGUUGCUCCGGAGAAAGUUCGGCACCGAACCAUCGCCGAGCUUGCGCCCUUAUCUUUGCCCAUCGUCCCUUCCAGACUCUCAUCGACAUCUCUACUUACUUCAUGAAAG